GACCAGUGACAGGUGACGGGUGCUAAGUUAGAAUUUGUCAUUUGUAGUUUCGAGGAAAAGAAAUCCAUUGUAGAAAUUUUAUUGUAAAAUGGCUGGCAAAAAGAAAGGAAAAAAAGGAAAAUCCCAAGAUACAGAAGGGCAGUCUUCAGGCUCUCAACAACAAGGAAGUUCUGGUGAUCAACCUCCUCAAAGGGGUCCUCAGUCACAACAACCACAAGGAGGUCCAACGCCUCAACAACAGCAACAACGCGGUCCUCAAGGUCAUCAACAACCACAGCAGGGUCCUGAAGGACGCCAGCAACAGCAGGGCCCUCCAAGACAACAGCAACAACAACGGGGUCCUCAAGGUCAUCAACAACCACAGCAGGGUCCUCCAACACAACAACAAGGUCCUCAAGGACGCCAGCAACAAGGCCCACAAGGCCAACAACGGCGACAAGGUCCUCCAGGUCAACAACAAAGGGGUGCUCAAGGCCAACAACAGCCUUGGGGUCAUCAAGGACAUCAACAGCAACAAUGUCCUCCAAAUCAACAACAAAGGGGUCCUCAAGGCCAACAACAACCUUGGGGCCCUCAAGGUCAACAACAACAACUGCAGCAAGGUCCUCCAGGUCAACCGAGUCAUCAUGACCAACAACGACAGCAGGGUCCAAGGGGAGGUCAACAAUCACAAAGAGGUCGGGGACGGGGUCGCCCAUAUCAAGAUACACAAAGGGAAUCGCCAUCACCACAUCCUCAACCGCAAGAGUUUUCUCAACCUCCACAGCCAGAGUACCAGCAAUCACGGGGUCCUCCAGGUCAACAAUUACAAGGUCCUCCAGUCCAACAACCACAGCAGGGCUACCAAGGUCACCAGCAGCAGCAAUCGCAGAGAGGCCGAGGCCGGGGCCGUGGCCGAGGUGGAGCUCAACAGGGCAUACAAAGAGAUUCGCCAUCACCAUAUUCGCAACAAGUUGGCCAACCCCAAGACUCUCCCCAACGUCAACAACCACAGCAAACAAGUGCAAUGGCAGGACCUAGUAGCUCUAAAGCUGACUUAACUGAAGGACAAAUAUCGAGCCAAAUAUCUGCAAUGCAGAUAAGUAAAACUGAAUAUGGUCAAGGUGAUAGCCAAUUGGUUCCAAUAGAGUCAAAGAUACCUAUCAUUCCUGGCACUAAGGGUAGACGAAUUGUUGUAGAAACAAAUCACUUAUCUUUGAAUUUAGGUAAAUUGAAGUCAGCUAUACAUUACGAUGUGAAUUUGGUUCCUGAUCUACCAAAGAAUCUUCUUCGGAGUGUUGUUGAAGCAUUUCGAAGGAAACAUUAUAGUAAUCGUUAUCCCGCCUUUGACGGCAGAAAAAAUCUUUAUAGUUCGAACCCAUUGCCUUUUGGAGAAUUUAUUGAAGACGAAAUUGUCAUUCAGGAUACAGAAGGCAGAGAAAAGAAAUUUAAAGUUGAAAUUAAAUUUGCCAAUAAAGUCGAUUUGACACCUUUGCAUGACCUACUAAAAAAUAAUGAAACCCCAAGAGAGGCACUGCAGGUUAUCGACAUUGUUUUACGAAGUGCCCCGGCACAAACCUGUAUCCCUGUUGGUAGAAGUUUCUUUGUGAAGCCUAGAACAAUAAUAGAUUUGGGAGAGGGCAUGGAGAUGUAUAAUGGUUUUUAUCAAUCUGCGAUAAGAGGAUGGAAACCAUUUCUGAAUGUAGAUGUUGCCCAUAAAGCUUUUCCUAAAAACAGUAAUUUGCUUGAUGUUUUACCAGAAUUGUUCGACAGUUAUUAUCAGCCGUUCAAGAGGGAAGACCUUGCUAGACCAUUAUCUAGAUAUCAGUUAGAGACACUGGAUAAGUUCAUUAAAACUUUAAAGGUGUCUUAUGAAAUACCUGGUCAUGCAGCAUCACGAAGAGUAUUCCGUGUUAAUGGAAUAGACACGGCUUCAAAGGACAAAACGUUCCCAAUGGAUAGUGGAGAGCAGAUAACUAUCGAAAAAUAUUUUGAAAGAGUUAAAAAUUACCGAUUGAGAUAUCCCCAUUUGCCAACAUUAUGGGUGGGGGCCCGACAACGUGAGAACAAAAUUCUCUUGCCUGUGGAGUUAUGUACUCUGGAGGACGGCCAAGUUAUAAGGAGAAAAAUGACUGAGAAUCAGACAAGUAAAAUGAUACGACAUGCCGCAACCAGUACAUCCGUACGAAAAGACAAAAUUAUGACUGCAUUACAUCAAGCUAAUCAUAAUUCUGAUCCAACUGUUAGAGAAUUUGGCUUUUCUAUUGGAAAUCAAUUCGAGACAUUAGACGCUCGAGUUCUUAAACCACCGGCUUUAGAAUAUGCAAAUAGAAAAACCGUGCAACCUAGCAAAGGUGUGUGGAGAGGGGAAAGCUUUUAUGCAGGGGUAACUAUUAAUAGGUGGACUAUAGCCUGCGUGGACAGAAGACCUCCAAGGCCAAAUGAUCUUUCAAAUUUUGCAGAGCAGAUUUUCAGGAAUGCUGCUUCUAGUGGAAUGAAUAUCACCUCACAAGCUGAAAAACCAUUUGAUCACAUUGGCGGUUCCCAGAGUAUUCACGAUAUAAGAAAGUAUUUUCAAGUAAAGAGAGAAAAGAAAUACGAUGUUAUUUUUAUCAUUGUACCCAAUAGUGGACCCCAAUAUUCUUUUGUUAAAACAGCUGCAGAGAUAAAUGUUGGCUGUUUAACACAAUGCAUCAAAAUUAGAACACUGGGUAAAAUGAAUCCACAAACUGCUAUUAAUAUUCUUUUAAAAGUCAAUAGUAAACUAAAUGGAACCAACCACAUUUUAUUAAAUCGACCACCAAUUAUGAGUAGACCAUGUAUGAUAAUGGGGGCAGAUGUAACACAUCCAGGUCCUGAAGCUAAAGAUAUCCCAAGUGUUGCUGCUGUGACGGCUUCUCAUGACCCCAAGGCUUUCCAGUAUAACAUAUGUUGGCGAUUACAACCACCGAAAGUUGAAAUUAUAGAAGAUUUGGAAGCCAUUGCGAGAGAACAGUUACUUUAUUUUUAUACAAAAACGAGAGUUAAACCCGAGAGAAUAGUAUUUUUCAGAGAUGGCGUUUCCGAAGGUCAGUUUGCUCAAGUCAUGCAUGCUGAGAUUAGAGCUAUAAGAUCGGCUUGUAAAAAACUUCAAGCAGAUGGAUACGAACCAUCCAUCACUUUUCUAGUUGUGCAAAAACGUCACCAUACCCGGCUCUUCCCCACAAAUCCAAGAGAUUCGGAGGAUAGAAAUAUGAAUGUGCCUGCUGGUACUUGCGUUGACACUACAAUUACUCACCCUUUUAUGCAAGAUUUCUACUUGGUUUCCCAUGCAAGUAUCCAAGGUGUAGCAAAACCCACAAAAUAUUGUACCCUGUGGGAUGACAAUAAAAUGAGUAAUGAUGACAUUGAGGAAUUAAGUUAUUACUUAUGUCAUAUGUUCACCAGAUGCAAUCGUUCUGUGAGUUAUCCGGCACCCACCUACUAUGCGCAUUUAGCGGCUGCUAGGGCAAAGGUUUAUAUUGAAAACGAAAGAUUGAAUAUGGAUCAAUUGCAAAGAGAAUUUGCCAGAUUCCAAAUACAGGAUGUAAUACGGAAAGAUUUGCCUAUGUUCUUUGUUUAAAUAUGAAUAAUAAAUGCUGCUAUAGAGAUAUUAAAGCAUUUAUUAAUUAAUAUCACCUAUUGUUUUUUGUUUUGUAUUAUUUGCUUUAUGUAUCCAGAAUUUUAAGCCAUUAAUAUGCUUAUACACUAUCAUUAAAAAUAUAAUAAUAGCUUUUAUGUUAAUCUUGUAUUCAACUUUUUAUUAUAAUCAGUUUUUUUUUGAAGGUGUAAUAUAAUAUAUUCAUAUUAGUGCUUUUUUCGAAGAGCCCUUUAUUUUUAUUUUUAAUAAGGAAUUAAAUGCUUUUAUUUAGUUGUUUGCACUGCUUAGGGUUAUCCAUUCCAGAUGUAACAGUUUGUAUUAACUAAUAAAAAUGUUAAAGGACCAAA